CUCUCAAGGACGAAGAAAAAUCAGGCAAUGUCGGAAUACUUUUCUGUAGUGAAUGCAAUAAUAUGCUUUAUCCGAAGGAGGAUAAGCGACACAAACGUCUAAUGUACGCUUGUCGCAAUUGCGAUUACACCCAAGCGGCAGACAACCCUUGCGUAUACGUGAACAGACUUGAGCAAGAAAUUGAG